AUGGCAAGCGACGGUCCCAUCUAUAUCCUCGGGCUGGGGAGUAUCGGGUCGUUCAUUGCGCAAUGUCUCCGCUCGGUCGCUGACCCACCGCCCGUGACGCUUCUCAUCCACAGAGAAAGUCUCUUCCAGGACCUGUCAGCGAAUGACUGGAAACUCGGGCUCCGCGUCGGAGAGCACGGGGAUUUGCAGCAAAGCUCAGGCUUUAGUGCCGAGCUGUUGGGAAAAACAGCUUCGAGCACCAAUCAAAUACGUCACCUGAUUGUCGCUGUCAAGGCAUCGGCAACAGUAGCCGCCCUUGAACCCUAUAAGGAUCGCAUCGGGCGCGAAACUACCAUAUGUCUUUUUCAAAAUGGUCUUGGUCAAAUCGACGAUCUAAACGAGCGCCUAUUCUCCGACCCCUCAGUACGGCCGACGUACAUGUGUGGCGUGAUUCGUCACGGCGUGUAUUUGAAGGCGGCCGUCGAGGCUAUAUUGUCAGGUCCAAAUGGUUGUGUUGAUAUCGGCUUUGUAGAUGGGGAUAAGGCGCGUCGCGGCCGUUUUCUUGUCGAUACUCUCGUGCGAUCGCCGAUGCUUCGCUGUACGGAAUUGAAAGACGCUGAUCUUUUGAGGGUUCAGCUACUCAAGUUAGCUACCAAUUGUGUGCUCAACCCAUUAACGGCGCUUUUGGAUAUUCGCAACGGCGAGCUCUCGGAGAACUCUGCGCUCUGGCCCGUACAACGCCAACUGUUAGACGAAAUAUCAAAGGUUUUUGAGAAUAUCCCUGGAACUCAGGAGAUGAUUUGUGAUGAGGCCCCACAGUUCUCAGUAGCCUUGUUGGAGACCACACUUCGCGAUACUGUGGAAAAGACGGCGCAGAAUUCCAGCAGUAUGCGUGAGGAUGUUAGGAAGGGAAGGAGUACGGAGAUUGAUAACAUCAAUGGGUGGAUUAUCAAAAAAGGCAAGGAAUUGGGUAUUGAUUGUCCAGUAAACACUUGUUUGACUCAGAUGAUACUGGCUAAGAACCGAUCGAAUAUGAUUAGUUAG